UCUCCUUCUCAAACAUUCUUUUUAAUUCCCCCGAGCAAUUUUGACCACCAAACAUCCUGCUGCUUCAUUUCACCUGCUAAUCGUCUAUUGAUUCCGCAUAGAGAAGUGGGUUAUUUCAGAAUGCAGAGGGGAAGAGAAGGCAAAAGGGACCUCUUCGAUGCGGGCGACCCAUUUGAUGUUAUCCAGAGGCUCGGUAGCUUUGGAUCCCGUGGCACUAUGAUGUCUAGCCUCUUUGGAGGCAGAGAUCCUUUUGAUGAUCCCUUCUUCACUCGUCCCUUCGAUAGCAUGUUCGAACCGAGCCUUGGAGGAAAUGGAAUACAUAUAGAAGAACUCAACUCCGAUGAGGAAGACGAUGAAACGGCUGAAGGCAUCACGAAGCAUGUCGGGUCGGGAAAGGAACCGUCUAUCCAGCACCCAGACGAUAGCGAUGACGAUGGGAAGAUUCAGAGUGUUACUCAUAGAAAUGAGCAUGACAGCCACAGGGUGAAAGGCUCGAAUCAACAGGCUCGUAGUUUUAGUUUCCAGACUUCAAGAGUUACGUAUGGAGGUGUAGAUGGAACUUAUUACACUUCUACGAAAAGCAGGAAGAAGGGCUGCGAUGGAGUGGUGAUGGAGGAGAGAAAAGAAGCAGAUACAACAACGGGUCAAGCAACACAUAAGAUUUCCAGAGGAAUUCAUGAUAAGGGCCAUUCUGUUACAAGGAAGCUGAAUGCAGAUGGUAAGGUGGACACAACACAGGCAUUACACAACAUGAAUGGAGAUGAACUUGCGGAAUUCGAAAAGGCUUGGAAAGGUAAAAGUGAUGGUCAUUUUACUGGGUGGAGUGAUGGCUUUAGCAAGCCUGCUAAUGCUGGACCUGGAAGUCAUGAACAGAUGGGAUUGGCAGUGAAGGACAGUUGGAGACAUCCAUAUAGAGAGCAGGGCGAAAACAGUGGAAAUCAAGGAGCAAACACUGCAAGAACCACUUCUGGAGGUAGAACGAAGAAGGUUGUUAGGAUUAAUAUUGAAUGAACCAGAUGUGACCAUAAACCAGAUUCACCGAUUUAGUCUCUGUUAAGUUGAACCAUCUUUAUCCUGCUAGAUAUGUUUUUGUUUGGGAAUUUAUGGUAAAUAGCCGAGUACAUAAACAUUAGAAACUUCUCAUUAUUGAGUUGUUUUGCGUUAAUACUUGCAAUCCUGAGCUCUUUCUUGGUUGUGUAAAAGUUUCGUGGAUUGAUCUUCAAUAAGAUAUUGA